CUCGGCAGUUUUCGCAAAGCAGAGCGCUAGAAGAACUUCAACGGUAAUCGUCGGCAGUUUCCAUAAAGCUGAAUCUGAACUUUUAUGGUUGAAAAUGGAUGUAUCAGAAGAUCCAAAUUUUAAGACAUCAUCGGAUGGACUUACGCACUGUCGGGACCUCAUUAAAGCUAGAGAUGGUCUGACGAAAGAGGAAAUAGCAAAAACUUUUGACGCUUGGGUUGUUAAAGGAACUUACGAAUCGGACACAUCAAGGCUGGGCUAUGUCGGACCCCAGGUCACAGCCGAAACCGUCUCUAAACUUUAUGACGAUGUUCAGCGUGAACGUAUUAAAAUACUCGACGUUGCUGCUGGUACUGGCUUGCUAUCGCGAGAGCUAAGAAAAUAUGGAUUUAAGAAUAUUGACGGUGUUGAUCCCAGCGAGAAAUCAAAAGAAUUGGCAAUGAAAGAUGGUCUAUAUGAUAGAUAUGUGGUAGAUUUUGUUGAUGAGCAUGAUCUUGAUAUUCAAUCAGAGUAUUAUGAUUGUGUAACAUCUUCAGGAGGAUUUUCUAUAGGAUUAAUGUCUUGUAGUUCAAUAAAGGAAUUCAUCCGAGUUGCUAAAAUAGGUGGUAUAAUAUGUUUCAGUUUGACAAAUUAUGUUGUAACUGCUGGUGAAAAGUACAUGGACAGGUUCGAACCUUGUCUGGUGCAGUAUGAGGACUCGGGUGUUUGGCAAAGACUCAGUAAAACUCAUGUGAAAUCCUAUUACGACAAUGCUCCUGGAAUAAUUUAUGUUUUUACUAAAAUAAAAUCUUUAUAAAUAUGGUGUUUAAUCUUUCCA